AUGGUCACCACUAGGGCAUCCACACGCCAAGCCGCGGUGAAGGCCAAUCAGGCUCUUUCCCAAGGCGCAGCUGGUUCGAAACGAAGGGGAGCAUCGACGAAAGGACGAGCUUCGAAGAGAGAAAAGAAAGAUGAGGAGACCAAGGAGAAAGGGGAGGACAAGCAACCGACUGUGACUGAGGGGUCGUUGGAACAAAAGGCUCCGGAAGUGUGGUCGGAGGAACAGCCCGUAGAGGAACCACAAGACCAGCGUCCUAAGACAGCUGAAGAAACCCUCGAGAGAAGACCCGAAGAACAGCCGGAGGAGAAGCCUGAAGACAGGCGUGAAAGAGGCCUGAGGAAAGGCCUGAAGAAAAGGCUGAAGAAAGGCCCGCUGAAAAGCCUGCAGAGGAACCACAAGAUCAGCGUCCAAAGACUCCUGAAGAGACCCUGGAAAGAAAGCCUGAAGAGAAGCCCGAAGAGAAACGUCCAGAAAAGGAAGUUCCCAAUGGUAAGAUUGCUUCGGGCUCAAUUCAGGAAAAUUGUGGUUGAUUGCGCCGUAGGAACCGAAGAGAAACCAGCUCCUUCCGAGCAAGAGACUGCUCAGAAAGAGUCAGCUGCCCCUAAUGGUGCUGGCACUGCUGUCAGAGACUCCCCCAAAAGGGAGGAGAUCGUUCCCUCCAAUCUGCUUGAGAAGGGUAUUAUCUACUUCUUCCUGCGUCCUCGCGUCAAUGUGCAGGAACCGCACAGCUUUGGCGACGUUGCGCGCAGUUUAUUCGUCAUGCGACCGACGCCACGCGGUGCAAAGCUGGAAGACGGACCCAUUGGUAGUGAUGAUAAUUGUCGGUUGCUUAUACUGCCGAAGAAGAGAUUUCCAACAUCGGGUAGCGAAAGGGAGAUGGGAUUCGUGGCGAAAGCGAAAGUCUCAAUGCAAACUCUGCGAGAGACCUUUAUUGCAGAAGAGCGUUAUGAGACGCAGACGCGUGGGGGACGCACAACGCCCGAAGCGAAGCCAUACGCAGAGGGCGUUUAUGCCAUCACAAGGACAACUCGGGCCUCGCAUCUCGCGUAUAUUCUCACGAUUCCCUCCGAAGUCAGCGAUAUCCAGCAAGAUUUUGGUCUGUAUAAUCGCGGCAGCUUUAUCAUCCAAUCGAAGAACCCCAAGUAUCCGGGUCCAUCUUAUGCACGACUGCCCAAGGAUCCCGAGUAUCCGAAAGAUGUGAUGGAAAAAUUCGCUGACCUUCGAUGGGUGCCCGCAGAGCCAGAGCUUCUGGACUAUCCGAAUGCCCAGUUCCUAAUGAUCGGCGAGGCGCAAGACAACCUGGGCAAGGGCGGUAUCUCUGAAGCGGGUGGCAAGGAGCCUAAUCAGGAGCAGCCAGGCGAGGUGCUUGAAAAGUUCGAAGAUGAAAAUCUAGGACGGAUCGAAUCACUGAAGGGUGAUCACAGUGUCUACGAAGACCUGGGCAUGGACGCGAAGAAAUAUCCCAAAGUUCCAACGACUUGGGAUUAG